AUGAGGGGAUUUCCUCUAACUAAAUCUCAACUCGCUGGUGAGAGCGAUGUUUUUGUUUUCUUAUACACAGAGAACACCUGAAGCACUAUAUUAAGACCAACCACAGGCCACAAACUAACUCGUGACGUUUGCAAAACAAAGCUUGGCUCGAUAAUUUAUCUCCCGGACAGACAUUACGAACGGUAAAAUGAUAGAAGAUCCGGAGUACAUUAAAUUGGAAGGCCUGAUCACGAAUGAUCAAGACAUGUCUCUGCGCAAAUCUCUUCUCAGUGGAAGAACUUCGCGAAGAAUAUCUGAUAAUUCAACGACCGAAAACUCUCUUCAACAAAGCAUUCAAGAAACUGUGGAGCGAAACCCAUGCAAGCGGAUCAGCCUACAUCAGGCAUGUAAAGAUGGUCUGGCAGAUGCAGUUGAGAGGCUGAUCACAGCAAAUCCUUCGGUUUGUAAUGAAUACGACAAAGAUGGAAUGGCACCUCUCCAUCAUGCGGCUAGAGGAAAUUUCGUUAAGAUCAUUAAAUUGCUUCUUAAAGCUGGAGCAGAUAUUGAUAUCCCCGCCACCAAGAGUUGUAUGUACAUGACACCGCUGAUAUGCGCCAGCAAGUUUGACUCCUUCGACGCUUGCCGAGCUCUCAUUCAAAAUGGCGCCCAAAUAACAAGGCAAACCUGCAACGGUCAGUCGCCUUUACAUUAUGCUUCACGAAAAGGACAUACACGAGUUCUUGAGAUUCUGUUAAAUGAAGGAGGAGCUCAUGUGGACCAGGAAGAUAACGACAAAGCUACUCCACUGCACACUGCAGCACAAGCCGGGCAGAUAGAAGUCAUAAGGAAACUGAUGUUCUAUAGAGCAGACAUGGUUCGUAGGGACAAUGACGGUUACAUACCGCUACACCUUGCGGCACGUGAAGGCCACGUGGAGUCCUUCAGGGAAUUGCUCAAAAAAGCCAAAAGUGGUGGUCUGUCAACAAAAACAUUGUUAAACAGCCCUGAUAAUUACGGAAAUGUCUGCCUACAUCUAGCGGUAAAACAUGGACACGUGGAGAUCGUGGAGUUAUGUUUGGAGUCUGGGGCAGACAUAAGUACAGCACAGGAGGAUUUUUCCACUCCGAUCCACUUAGCUUGUAGUCAUGGAAACCUGGACAUAACAAAGCUGUUGGUUGAACAUGGUGCAAAGAUUGAAAGCGAAGAUGGAGACGGCUUAACACCUUUAUUAAGGGCUUCACUUGGAGGGCACGUCCCAAUCAUCGAGUUUCUUCUUGAACAAGGAGCUCAGCUUUAUCCAGUCCGGGAGAAUUGCAGCCCUUCUCCCUUAAUGUGUGCUGUGAAACGAAGCCAACACAAUGCCGUCAGAUAUUUCUUGGAACGCGGUUAUCCGCUGAAAUAUAAAGAUCUGAACUGGAGAACCGUCCUUCAUGUAGCGGUGGCCUGUGCUGAUAUCGAAACUGUGGACUUAAUCUUAGAGAAUGGAGGUCAUAGCCUUUUGGAGAGCAAAGACCAGUAUGGGAAGACAGCAAUACACUAUGCUGCCGCCACCUGUAAUGUAGAUAUAGUCAACCGUUUGAUCCUUGUGGGAGCUGAUGUCAGGGCAAAAGACAACGAAGAAAGAAUAGCUCUCCACUUUGCUGCAGAGGCUGGAGCCUUUGGCGCCGUGCAAUCACUUCUAGGUGCAUGCCCAGAGUCUGUAAAUGAUAUUGACUACGGCUCCUGCACGCCUCUCCAUUUUGCCGCAGCUAAGGGAAGAGAUAAAGUAGCGACUAAUUUGUUACAAAAUGGCGCUGAAGUUGACUACAGGGAUGAUGAACGCUAUACACCGUUAUUUCAUGCAACAAUAUGCGGCUGCUCUGCGACGAUGGAUACGUUACUGUAUUUUGGCGCAGAUAUCAAUGCUCUGGAGAAGAGUCGAAAACCUCCGUUGAUAUUUGCAGCAUUUUUCAAACACAACAACAAUUUUCGAAAGCUCGUUCGAUUGGGAGCAGACAUAACAAUAGUAUCAACGACAGGGUACAACUGCCUGGAUGCCGCCAUCAAGGCUGGAAACAAGGAAGUCUGUAUGGAAAUUAUUAAACACGAAAAUUGGCGAGAAGUCUUUAGCAACACAAAGUGUGAGGGUGUGUCUCCCAUGCGGCGACUCAUUGAACGGUUUCCAGACGUCGCCAAACUUGUACUGGACAAAUGUAUCGAGCAUUCGCCACUUCUGGACACAGAUCCAAAUUAUACGAUCACAUUGGACUUCAGUUUCAUUUUUCCAAACUCGGAUGAGGAAUUUGACUUCAACCAAGAACGAUAUAAUGGACUAAAGACUAUGUUAGAUUCUGGCCGUGAAGAACUUUUGUUUCAUCCUCUCACCAGGGAGCUGGUGCGAAUGAAAUGGCGGCAGAUUGGUCUGACUGUGUUUUUCACGGGAGCAAUCUUAUAUUUAACAUUCGUGUCCGUAUUUUCCCAGUACCUUUACUGCAACAGCCCUGUUUCUCAUGGCAAGAUACACUGCAAUGGUAGCCGGGAGUAUUCACAAGAUUUAAAAUGCCAUGAACAGAAGAAACACUGCAGUGAUAGCUGGAUGUAUUCAGAAGAGAUUUUUCUGCUCGUUUUCUGUACUUCUAACUUGCUUUUGGAAGCUUAUCAACUCUUUAACGAGCGCUGGCUGUAUUUUGACCUGACCAAUUUCUUGGAAGUUUCCACUUAUGUGACAACAAUUAUCGCCGUUGCCCCUCCAAAUGGAUCUGUAGUUGAGGGAGAAUACCAGUGGGCUGUUGGGAUCAUUGCACUGUUAAUAGCAUUCUUCGCCAUGCUUGUGCAACUCCAACUACUUUUCUGCUCGGGUAUCUACGUCACAAUGCUCUUUGAGGUCCUUAACUCUGUUUACAAGGUGACCGUAAUGUUUUCGGUGCUGAUUGUGGCUUAUGGACUGAUAUUUUACCUGCUCUUAGGAGACGAGUUGUCAUACACGUCCCCGUACAUGUCAGUUCUGAAAGUGUUCGACAUGAUGGCUGGAGGAGUCGAGUUCAACCAUUACUUUGUGGAGAAUUUGAAUCUUCGUAUGCCAGAUCUGGCUCGCUUCAUUUGUUUCACAUUCAUCCUUGUUAUGUCCAUCUCGCUUAUGAACCUCUUAAUUGGGUUGGCUGUUGGAGACAUUGAGUCUGUACAAAAAAAUGCCGAGCUCAAACGACUUAAGACACAGAUAGAAUCGCUGUCUGAAUUUGAAAAGAAGCUGCCAUCUAAAAUGAAAGAUCGCCUAUAUUCGCCUAAGCUGGUUCUUUGGCCAAACUCGGGAUCCAUGUCUUUUGUGAGCAAAUUAACGUGGUCUCUGGGACUAGUAGAUUACGCUCCGGUUCGAAUGAUGGAAAAAACUAAGCCAUCCCAUGAAGAAGACAAGAUGAAAGAGCUUCAAGAACAACUCAGAACGCAACAAGAAAGUCUUUAUACGUUGCGGAAGGAGUUGCGAUCUCAAAGAACGAUCCUUGAGGACAUUUCGAUCAACAUGGGAGCGAGAUCAUCACAAAUUAACAGAACAAAUCUUAUGGAUGAUUUCUGAGACCUGACGUAGAUUAAGUGUCAUAAUUGACCUCUGAGAAAAACCGUUUGUUCACUCAUUAAAUGUGAAUGCAAUUAACGCAUUAAUUAAAAUACAUCCAUCAUGGAUACUUAACCAAUUCUGAUGAAACUUCAUUUUAAUUAAUUUUAAUUGGCUUUAAAAAGCCAACAGAAAAUAAUAACUUACAGGUUUGGAUGAAAUGACUAACAUGUCGCAAUUGUCCAAGAUAACUGUGAAAAAAAAAAA